AUGUCCCUUCUUGAUGAUGUUCAAUCUGGAAGGGAAAAUCCGAGUCCUGAGAAUUCAAAUAACGAUCAAGCAGAGGCAACAGAAGGAAAGAGAACACUUGAUCGAUUAAGCGAUUGCAUUUCGGAAGAAGAGGAUGAUUCUUAUUUUGGGACCUUCAAGAAGAAAAUAAGAAUGGUUCCCUUCUACUUGUUGAUUGCAUUUAUGGACAGCAUGUUUCCAUUCUUAAGGGGAAAAGAUUUAAAUAUUUGUAGACAAGUAUGCAAAGAUUGGUACAAUUUCCAAAAAAGUAAUUAUUUUACUUCUCAACACACAAAACGAUUGAACCUUUUUCACAACAACCUGGUGACAUCGAGCAAAAAAACUCAACUCUCCAUUGUACAAUACCUGCUUGGAUACAAACAAGGCCCCAUGCUUGUGAUACACACCGAUAAUCGUGUUUUAAAUCUUUCUGAAAAAAUACAAGAAUACAUUUCAAAACCAGACACUCCACAGGUUGUCAAUGAUGAUUUGAAAGAAAUAUGUAAAGGUCACAUCAAAUCACAGCUCUCUUACAAAGAUGGAAAAAAACAUGGAGAGGCGAUUGAUUACUUUAAAUCAGGAGAGAUCAUGCAAGUGGGACACUUUGCUUAUGCCAUUGAAAGGUCAUGCUCCUACAAAAAUGACAAGCUUGAUGGUAAAUUAAUUGAAUACAAAGUUCUAUAUGACAAUGAUGGAAAAAAAGCGAUUGUUAAAGAUGUUGAAUGUUAUUAUAAGAAUGGUAAAUACGAUGGCCUCAAGAUUUUAUAUUUUGGAUUGGACGAACAAAUUAUGGAAUGGAGCCACUUUAAAGAGGGAAAAUUGCAUGGUAUUUCUCGAUCCUAUGCAUGUAAGGAUGGGGUUUUCAACAAGAAAGAACAUCAUCUGACCACUGAGGCUACCUACUUUGAAGGUAAAUUGCAUGGAGCAAAGACAGAGUUUUAUGUCGAUGGUUCACCAUUCCAAAAGAAAGAAUAUGUGAUGGGAAAGAUGUGCAAGCAGACCAUUUAUUCAAGGAAAAGGAUACCUUCGACUAUUAAUGGUGGUAGCUACUCCGAAGAUUCAGAGUCUGGGAUGUUGUCAUCUGAACAAGAAGAUGUCGACAGAGAAUCAUUGUAA